AUGCGCAGCCGGCGCGACGCGUACCUGUCCGCCCUCAACAAGGGACUGGAUGAUCGCAUCGCCAACGGCAGCUACAGCCCUUGUAUCCAGGCCAACGUCAUAAUGGACAAGCAGGCAAGGCUGAACAAGGAUGAACUCACUUCCAUCAGCUUGACGAUGCUUUCUGGCGGUCUUGACACCGUGACCACACAGGUCGCCUGGUUCAUGGCCUUUCUCUCUCAGCACCCCGAAAUCCAAGAAAAGGCCGUGUCGGAGAUACGCAAAUUUUACGACGACAGCCAGCCAAUGUGUGAAUCUGCCGACGACCAGAAAUGCCAAUACAUUGUUGCCCUUACCGUUGUCUACGAGGGUCUCACGAUCCCUCAGGGGUCGGUGAUUUUCCUCAACGCUUGGGCUUGCAAUAUGGACCCCAACGUAUGGUCCGAUCCUGAGGUCUUCCGUCCUGAACGAUGGCUGGAGCUACCCGACGCCCCUCUAUUCACAUAUGGCGUUGGCUACCGCAUGUGCGCUGGGUCGUUGUUGGCCAACAGGGAACUCUAUCUCCUUUAUAUGAGGCUAUUCAACAGCUUCCGCAUCGAGAAGCAUGACCAGGUUGACUGCCACCCGAUACGAGGCAAUGCGGAUCCCACCAGCUUGGUGGCAAUGCCAAAGCGGUACCGUGCCCGGUUCGUGCCUAGAAACCCCGGAGCUUUGGGAAAAGCCAUGCAGGAUGAAGAUACCUAA